AUGGCGCUGAGCUGGGACCCAGGAGAUCUGGCCCAGCUCCUGGCGCAGCCACAGACUCUGUCAGAGCCCUUCGUCUCCUCGCAGCCCAGCGACCCCGUGCUGCUGGUGGUAGCAGAGCGUGAAUUUCUCAAACCCACCAUCUGGGUGAGCCCCAGCAGGGUGGUGGCGCUCGGGGGAAACAUCACCAUCCGCUGUGAGGGUCAGGACCCGGGCAUGGAGUUUGUUCUGCGUAAAGUUGGACACCCGAACAUGCAGAUGCAGACGGUGCCUCAUGGACCCGAGGCUGAAUUUCCCAUCCCCAGUGUCAGCCGGGAAGAUGGAGGGAGCUACACCUGCGACUAUCGCUCCAUAACGGAACCGAGUCGCUGGUCGUAUCCCAGCGACCCCGUCGAGAUUAUUGUAGCAGAGCCCAGCUACCCCAAACCCAACAUCACCCUGAAGAGCCGCAGCUGGGGGGUCUCCCUGGGAGGAGCCGUGACCAUCUUCUGUCGGGGGCAGCACCAGGGCGUGCUGUUCGUGCUGAAUAAAGAGCGACGCCGUUUCCCACCUGUGGAUUCGGUCGGGUUGGACGCUGAGUUUCCCAUCAGCAACGUGAGCCGGGAGCACAGCGGGAGCUACAGCUGCUUCUAUCACAGCAAAUCGGAGCCGUUCGCCGUGUCGUACCCCAGUGACCCCGUGGAGCUGGUGGUGAGAGAUCCCGGUUUACCCAGACCCUCCAUCUCCCUGAACCCCACCGGGGUCGCCGCCCCAGGGGCAGACGUCACCAUCCGGUGUGAGGGGCAGCGCCAGGACAUGAGGUUCUUCCUGCACAAGGCUGGAGACCUGAACCCGCAGCGACACAUGGACCCUGCUGGGGCCGGGGCCGAGUUCCGCAUCCCCAGCGUGGGGCGGCAGCACGGAGGGAACUACAGCUGCAGCUACCAGCCCCGCUCAGAGCCCUUCGUCUCCUCAGAGCCCAGCGACCCCGUGCAGCUGGUGGUAGCAGAACGUGAAUUUCUCAAACCCACCAUCUGGGUGAGCCCCAGCAGGGUGGUGGCGCUCGGGGGAAGUGCCACCAUCCGCUGUGAUGGUCGGCAACGAUCCAUGAAGUUCUUUCUACGUAAAGCUGGACACCCGAACCCACAGGGGCAGACUGGGCCUGUGGCUGAAUUUCCCAUCACCGGUGUCGGCCGGGAAGAUGGAGGGAGCUACACCUGCGACUAUCACUCCAUAGCGGAACAGAGUCGCUGGUCAUAUCUGAGCGACCCCGUCGAGAUCAUUGUAGGAGAGCCCAGCUACCCCAAACCCAGCAUCUCCCUGAGCCCCAGCUGGGGGGUCUCCCUGGGGGGAGCCAUGGCCAUCCAGUGUCGGGGGCAGCACCAGGGCGUGCGGUUCAUGCUGAAUAAAGAGCGAUGCCAUUUCCCACCUGUGGAUUCGGAUGGGUUGGAGGCUGAGUUUCCCAUCAGCAACGUGAGCCGGGAGGACGGGGGGAGCUACAGCUGCUCCUAUCACAGCAGGUCGGAGCCGUUCAACGUGUCGGACCCCAGUGACCCCGUGGAGCUGGUGGUGAGAGAUCCCAGCUUACCCAGACCCUCCAUCUCCCUGAGCCCCACCGGGGUCACCGCCCCAGGGGCAGACGUCACCAUCCGGUGUCAGGGGCAGCGCCGGGACGUGAGGUUCUUCCUGCACAAGGCUGGAGACCUGAACCUGCAGCAACACAUGGACCCUUCUGGGGCCGGGGCCGAGUUCCGCAUCCCCAGCGUGGGCCGGCAGCACGGAGGGAGCUACAGCUGCAGCUACCGGCCCCGGUCAGAGCCCUUCGUCUCCUCGCAGCCCAGUGACCCCGUGCAGCUGGUGGUAGCAGAGCCCAGCUACCCCAAACCCAGCAUCUCCCUGAGCCCCAGCGGGGGGGUCUCCCUGGGGGGAGCCGUGAGCGUCUGGUGUGAGGGGCAGCACCGGGGCAUGCGGUUCGUGCUGAAUAAAGAGCGACGCCAUUUCCCACCUGUGGAUUCGGACGGGUUGGAGGUUGUAUUUCCCAUCAGCAACGUGAGCCGGGAGGACGGCGGGAGCUACAGCUGCUCCUAUCACAGCAAAUCGGAGCCGUUCGCCGUGUCGUACCCCAGCGACCCCAUGGAGCUGGUGGUGAGAGAUCCCAGCUUACCCAGACCCUCCAUCUCCCUGAGCCCCACCGGGGUCACCACUCCAGGGGCAGACGUCACCAUCCGGUGGGGAAACGACCUGACUCAGCCGGGAACGACACCGGCUUCCACCCGCCCAGGCACCGCAACGCCAGGGCGAUCAGAACUGAAGCUGAGCAUCCCCAUCAUCGCCGCGGUGAGCGCGUCGGCCACCGGCCUCCUCCUCCUCGUGGCCUUCCUCUGCUACAGAAGAACCCAAGGAAAGAAAGGAAGAGCCUGGAUACAGACCAGGGAGUCCGAGCCUGCAACCACAGUCUACACCCUGCUGGGUGAAGGGACGCAGCUGGAUGUCCUGCCCCAGGAGCCCGACCCCCACGCUGAGGGACUCACCUACGCCGAGCUGGACCGCCAGGCACUUCAGGCCAAGCGGGGGGGCCCGGCCCCUGCCCCCAAGCCCGUCCUGUACGCCGCCAUCGAUGUCAGCUAGGAGCCCCACGGGCAGCGCCCCUGGGGUGCAGGGGAGCCCCCCACCCACCCGCAUAGCGUGAACCCAGGGGGAGUUAUCGCAGCGAUGGGGCAGGGAGCGUCGGCAACCGGGGGUAACAGAGUGAUUUCCGCCCCGAUAAUGGGCUUGGCUUAUAGCCCCCCCAUAACCCUCCCUCCAGUUGGUUCUGCCCCACCCAGCCCCACAGGUGGGUGGCCAGGGGGGCUCAGCACCAGGAGGGGGAGGGGAUGUGCUGAGGCAGCUGUUUGUGUUAUUUUGCAUCUUGUUAAUCUCCAGAUUUGUAAUAAACACAGAACCGCA